CUUCUGCACCUAACCUCUGCAACUUCAAAGAACAAACAGCACUCACUCUCUCUCCAUUUCUUCACUAGAGUAAUGUUCUUGUUUCAGGCUUUCAGCUACUAAAAUAAAAUGCUCGGUUUUCCAUCAAAAUGGCAAUGGAGUUAACCCUCAUAUUUGCUGUAAUUUCCAUCUUUUCAUCAUAUUUCCUUCCUCCGGUUGCUUCAGAACCGCUGAUAAAACCCAUAAGCCCGUGUACAAAUUCAACGCAUUUCUCCAAGAAAGUUCAGGAUUUAGCCGAGUCAAGUGGAAAGGCACUCAAGGGUAGCGUAAAGUUGGAAUCUUUGCAGCAAUCGCAGGUAGUUCUGAGGGGGAACACCACGAUUACAAGUGCGAACAAGACUUUUAGGCUGGGAUUUUUCGCCCCAAAUGAUGAAUUCAAGUGGUAUUUGGGCAUUUGGUACGCUUCCAUCCCCAUUCCCACAUAUGUUUGGGUUGCGAACCGUGAGAAGCCCAUCAAGAAUUUGUUGUCAGCAAGCGCAGAGAUCACUGAGGAUGGGAAGUUAGCUGUUAUAGACCAAGAUUCAAGAACCCUUAUGUGGGAGACAAGCAAUGUUGAGAAAGCAAGUGAGUUGAGGCUUUUAGAGCAGGGAAAUUUGGUGCUUUUGAGCAGUGAUGGGAGAAUUGUGUGGCGAAGCUUUGAUUUUCCAACUGAUACAUGGCUUCCAGGCAUGAACCUGACGGCUGAGCAAAGACUGACUUCUUGGAAGAGCUCCAUUGAUCCAGCUCCUGGAAGGUAUUCCCUGAGGUUAAAUCCUCCUGAUUAUGGUGAGAUUGCUCUAUAUUACAGCAAUGGUGGUAGUGUUGAUAUGAUUAAUUCGCAUACAUAUUGGACUACUGGUAACUGGAGUGGAAAUGCGUUUGCUGGGGUUCCUGAAAUGACCAUUCCUUACAUAUAUAGGUUUGAUUUCAUAGAUCCGUUUACACCAUUGGCAACUUUUGGGUACACAGAGGUCCCAUUAGAAAGUGGUAUAAAGCCUCCCUUGACGAGGUUUGUCCUGGACCACAUGGGCCAGCUGAAGCAAUUCACAUGGUCCCAACAAAGUGAAGUGUGGAACACAUUUUGGUCGCAGCCUGAAAAUGUAUGUAGAGUAUAUGCAUUAUGUGGAAAUUUGGGGUUCUGCAAUGGUAAACCGUUCAUUCCAUGUGAGUGCUUCAAUGGUUUUAGGCCUAUUGACAGUGUUUCUUGGGGUAAGGAAGAUUUUUCUGAGGGUUGUUGGCGUCAGGGUGGUGAGACUUGUAAUGAGGAUGAUAAAUUUGAGGAAGUUGGAGCAGUGAGCUAUGACAGAACUACGGUUGUAUCUUUCACUGGGGGUAGGAGUGAGUGCGAACGUGUGUGUCUGGGAAAUUGUUCUUGCAUUGGUUUAUAUCACAAUCCAAAUAAUAACUUAUGCAAGAAUCUAUACGGUUCGCUUUUAAACCUGCGUAAUGUUACUUCUGAUAGCACUAUCCAGGAUAUGUUGUAUGUGAGAGUGCAAACAACUGCAGGUGGCAAAAAGAAGAACAAGAAAACAACUUUCUUGGUCGGAAUGAUUUGUGGCAUUCUUGUGAUCCUGAGUGUGGGAACAAUAAAUUUGUUGUACUUAAGGAGGAGAAAGGUUAGCAGAAGAAAGGGGGACGAAGAUAGCGUGUUAGUAACAAACCUAAGGGUUUUCUCUUAUAAGGAUCUCCAUGCUGCGACCAGGGGAUUCUCUGAGAAGCUUGGUCAUGGAGGCUUUGGGGCUGUUUUUCGAGGGGUAUUACCAGAUUCUUCUGCCGUGGCUGUGAAAAGACUUGAAAGGCCUGGUGGUGGCGAAAAGGAAUUUCGAGCAGAAGUGUGUACUAUUGGAAAUAUCCAGCAUGUUAACCUUGUCAGAUUGAGAGGAUUUUGUUCUGAAAAUUCCCAUCGUCUUCUGGUUUAUGAUUACAUGCCAAAUGGACCUCUUAGCAUGUACUUAAGACAUGGCAGUCAGAGUCUCAGUUGGGAUGUCAGAUUUCGUGUUGCUGUUGGAACAGCAAGAGGCAUUGCUUAUUUACAUGAAGAGUGUCGAAACUGUAUCAUACAUUGUGAUAUAAAGCCUGAGAAUAUCUUAUUGGAAGAAGAUUUCUCAGCAAAGGUCUCAGAUUUUGGGUUGGCAAAGCUGAUUGGCAGGGACUUUAGCAGGGUGCUUGCAACCAUGAGGGGUACCUGGGGCUAUGUUGCACCAGAGUGGAUUUCUGGUGUUGCAAUCACCACGAAAGCUGAUGUAUAUAGCUAUGGGAUGACAUUGUUGGAGUUAAUAGGCGGUCGCCGGAAUGUGGAGGGGCCACCUUCAGCUGGUGGAGGCGGAGAGGGUGAAACAGAGAAGUGGUUUUUCCCUCCCUGGGCAGCACGCCAAAUAAUUGAGGGAAAUGUUGCAGCAGUGGUUGAUGAGAGGCUUGGUAGCACGUAUAAUGAGGUGGAGGCAGCACGUGUUGGAUUAGUUGCAGUUUGGUGUAUUCAGGAUGAUGAAUCUACAAGACCUACAAUGGGAAUGGUGGUGAAAAUGUUGGAAGGAGUAGUUGAGGUGGCCGUUCCACCACCUCCGAAGCUGCUUCAAGCGCUAGUUUCUGGUGAGUCCUUUCAGGGAGUCGGGCCUGAAUCCGGGAAAAGGGUACUACAGGAGGAUAACAGCAGUUUUGAUGAUAACGUCUCGGUCUCCAUAGAUUCCAAGGAUUCAAAAUUGUCAAUAUAGCUUCAGUUUGUUUUGCUAUCCAUGUCGAAGUAACAUACUUAUACUAACAAUUUUGAAGAGAUGUAGGGAUAAACAACAGAUGCUCAGUGGUUUAAAUUGGAGCAUUGAAACCAGGACGAGUUUAACAUCAAUGGGAUCUUUCAAUUGCAUACUAGAGUCGAAAGAAUGAAGCAGAACAGAACAGAUAUUUUAUCACACUGCUGCUAUGUCGGUGCUGGGACGUGUUAACAAGAAUUUUGCAAGAUGUGCUCUGAAUAGAGUAUUUCGUGAUGGUGUUUUAAUUUACAAAAUUCACGGGAGGCUGAAAACCGACCAGGAAUAGCUGCCAUUGCUGCUCGUAGUGAUGUAAAUUUCUCGUUUCGUUUGUAACAGCUGCCAUUGUUGUUCAUAGUGAUGUAAAUUUCUAGCUUCGUUUGUAACUCAACCAUCUAACUAGAUGAGGAUUUGGGAACUGGGAAUGGUUUUUAUGGUUUUAUGUAUCGAGUAGUCUGGAAACUGAUUUGUGGAUAGAUUAUCUCGUUUGUAA